AUGAAGCUCGUAAGGUUCUUGAUGAAGCUGUCACAUGAAACGGUGACGAUUGAACUGAAGAAUGGCUCAGUGGCCAGUGGAACCAUUGCCGGCGUCGAUGUGGCGAUGAACACUCACCUAAAAACGGUGAAGCUGGUCUCAAAGUCUGGCGCUCAGCAGACACUUGACUCACUGUCAAUUCGCGGCAACAACAUUCGCUACUUCAUCCUCCCGGACUCUCUUCCCCUGGAAACCUUGCUCGUCGAUGACACACCAAAGGCAAAGGCGAAGAAGCGCGAUACGAUGGGUCGUGGUGGCGCCGGCGCCAGAGGCCGUGGACGAGCCCGCGGUCGUGGACGUGGUGGCCCGAUGGGCGGCGGUGGACGUGGCCCUCCCCGAGGACGACGAUGA